AUGCGAUGGCUAUUCUGGACAUCCGAGAAUGACAAGGAUGAAUGCAAAUGCAACAACAAACCUAGCUCCAAUAGCGACGAGAAACCCUCAAUCAUCUUAAAUUCCAGUAAGGAUUGGAAUGCAUUAUCCAAUGCCACAAAUUGGUCACACUUCCUUGAACCAUCAAAUCUUAUCCCUACCGUUCUUUUGACCAGCGGAAUCCUAUUUGCUGUUCGAAUACAUCGCCGAUACCUACGCCGUAUUCCCGAAGCAACCAACAUAUCACCUUCCUACCUUCGACAGCGAAGCAUACUGGGUAAAGUCACGAGUGUAGGGGACGGAGAUAAUUUUCGGAUCUACCAUACACCUGGUGGUAUGCUGGCUGGUUGGGGAUGGCUUAGAAAAGUUCCUACUUCUAAGAAGGAACUGAAGAACAACACUAUUCACAUCCGUAUUGCAGGUGUUGAUGCGCCUGAACUAGCUCACUUCGGACGCCCAUCCCAACCGUUUGGCGAAGAGGCACAUACAUGGCUAACGAAUCGGCUUAUCGGGCGCAGAAUACGUGCUUAUGUAUAUCGUCCUGACCAGUACAGCCGUGUUGUGGCGACCGUUUAUGCUUAUCGAUUCCUAUUCUUCCCUCAGGAUAUCGGAUUGCAAAUGUUGCGAGAAGGCCUGGCAACAAUUUAUGAGGCUAAGUCUGGCGCAGAGUUCGGCGGACCAAAACAGGAAAAGAAGUAUAGAGAUGCUGAGGCGUUGGCUAAAAAGAAGGGGAAAGGGCUUUGGAAAGCGAAGGCCUCGAGUGACUGGGAAAGCCCCAGGGAUUUCAAGUCUAGAAUGAACGCCAUAGACCAGGGCAAGGGCUCUACGUGA